AUGAAACACCAUGCCACUAUCACUUUUCAGGCUCUUCCAUGUGUUCCCGAAUUUUUAUUCUCUACUGAAAUUGUUGUUCCAACUCUUGAAGAAACAGUUAUCAUCAUCAGUUUAACUGUGUUUAUUGUUGUCGUCUUCGGACAACUCGUUGCAUUUGCUGCCAUUAUUAUAGGCCAAUUAUCGUCGAAUUUCGGCGCAAACAUGCUGUCGGGAAGCACUCGUCGUCUUCAAAAAAAUCUCCUGAAGGCGUUGAUCUGGCAGACGGGGAUUCCAUUCAUGUACUUGGUUCUCCCCUCAUGUUACACUACUUUCGCAUUCUCAGCAGAUUACUUCAACAUGAGUAAUAGGACUGAAAUAAGUGACUCACUUACGGCUGGAAUUAAACAGACAAUUCAAUUAUGGUUAUUACUCACUUCAAUUUGUUUUGUCUGCGUUUCCACAGCAAUGAUAUUUGAGAACCGCUUCCGCCUUCUGAAUCACAAGAACACUCGUUGGAAACAAGUCCAGCCAUUCUGGGUCCUCGGGAACUUUCUGUUCUGCUUAAUUUUUCAAAUCCCUACUAUUCUUCAAGUUCCAGAUCAAGAUGCAGCAAGAGAAGUUGUGUUUACUACACUUCCAUGUAUUCCCGCCUUCCUCUAUUCCACUGAAAUUGUAGUCCCGAGUCUUGACCAAUCGAUUAUCAUAAUCACGUCACUUUUAUUCAUAAUAGUAGUUUUCGGGCAACUCAUAACAUUUGCAAUCCUGAUUAUGGUGCAGUUGUCAACAAACUUUGGUGCAAGAAUGUUGUCGGAAAACACUCGACGUCUUCAGAAAAAUCUUAUGAAGGCGUUGAUCUGGCAGACGGGAAUUCCUGUGUUGUAUUUAGUAUUCCCAGCAUCUUAUGCGAUGUGGGCGAUUUCACAGGAAGUUUUCAACAGAUCUAUGAAUAAUAUUAUCGUGGCUGUAACGUCACUGCACGGUCUCGUGAGCACUUCGUCAAUGAUACUGAUUCAUCAUCCUUAUCGGAGUACUGUAGUGUUCUGGUUCAAGAAAAGAAACACUGAAAAUAUCAGAGCCAUAAAUAACUAUCCAAUGUUUACGACAAACACAGCAGCGGACAAUUAUACGAUUAGCUGA